CAUCUCCAUCAGUCAAAGUUUCUAUCUUUCUUUACAUUUCCAGAACUUAUCUCCUCUUUCUCUCACCAAAUUUAAUCCACCCUUUAAAAUUUUCUCAAACCUUUUCCUCUCUUCACCAGAACCAACUUCACAAUGUUGCAGCUCUUCUUCACUGUGGCUUUCUCUGCUGUUCCUUUGACUCUCUAUCUGCCUCCUGUCAGAAAUUUGAAUCUUUUCGUGGAGACCAUGGAGGAUUUCAUAAGAGAAUCCGGAACACAUACGAGGAGACUCUACCCACGAGCGCAGGUCAUCUGGUCAAGGAUCCUGGACUGUCUACUCUGCAACUCACCCUGAGAUUAGAUUUACGUUAGCUCUCUUCUCUUCAAUCGGGUCCCGGUUUGUAUACAUGCCCUCUGUUCUUCCUAUGAGUUAGAUUUUGCUUUAUUAUUUUUUUCGCUUCUUGCUGUUGCUGUUGCUGCCUGUUGCUGUUUUUUAUUAUCGCGGGAUUAGUAUUAGGUAGUUCAAAGAAUGUCAAACGCGUGAGUCUUUUCUUCACCUCACCUUUUGGUGGAAACUUCAACAUUCUGUAACUUGAAUUUUGUAUAAUCUAUGUACAGAACAGAGCGAUGAAAAUAAAAUUCUAGAUUUGUUUGAAUUUGA